AAAGCCGCCAAAUUUUCAUUGGGAACGUUCACUUCCUCCCGCCUGAGUAAUCCCCGCCAAAUUUUAGUGCACGACCGAACAGGCUGUCACGCUGACCAUGCUGAUGACGGGCUUCAGCGUCACACGACUGCUGCUAUUGGACUCCUGAAAGCUAUUUUUCCUCCUCCAUCCACCUCCGCCGCAGCCACCACCACCACUGCAAAUUCUUCCUGUCCAUCUGAUGUAAACUCCUCCUCCUCUUCUUCACCCUACUCGCUCGAUUCUUUGUCAGGACGUAUUGUAAAAGACGUGGUUGUCUUUGAUCCACGCCACUACUGGGAUCUUGUUGAGCGCCUCAACUUGGACAUCAUGGAACCACCAGCCAGUCAGGAAAUUGUCUACAAGGAGAAGGGAGAAUGA